AUGCUUGCUCUUAAGAUCAAGGCUAGAUUGUGCACUUCCGCUCUGGCAAUAUCAUUUAUCUCUGAAUCAACACUCAGACCAUCAGCAGCUUUGAACGUACAGUCCCUCCAGACCAAUUGUCUACCAAUUUUUUUUGCCCGCUUCGAUUCUUUUUUUUUGUGCAUUCUUGCCCUUUUCUGCUCUCAAUUUUCACCAUCAAAUAUUAACGGUGCUCAACUCUCUAUGACUCAUACAUUCAAUGACUACUCAUUCCCCCUCAAACCAAACGUGCCACCCCCUCAAAGUUAUAGCACCUCAUCUCAAUCUAUGCGUCUUUCUCCUGGUGGAGAUUAUAUUCAGGAACAGUAUGGUGGAGGGCGUCGUGCCAAGAGCCCUCUGGUGGAGUUAACUCCUACCAGACUUUGGAGUAGGAUCAAGGCUACGCAGCGCAAUGUUGGCAUAGUCAAAGAGGCCACCAUCCAGUGUCAGGGAAGCUCAUUCUCACCCAACACUCUAACCAGUCCCUCAGCGCCCCCAGAAUCUGCACCUCUGCAUCCUAUCCACGAUAAUAGUGUUGUGGGAGGUGAUGCAUCGUCUGCUCUUCCUCAGGGCAAUAUUUGA